CAAGAAAAUGGUCAGGUCAAAGGACUGGACUGAAAAACUUUCAAAACCCUUUAUAAAGCAUGGAGAACGAUCACUCAAAACCAGAAAGUCUGGCUUCUUGGAAGAUAAAUAUAGAGAAAUGUGGAAUCGUUCAAGACUUACUAGUUUUAUUUUAUGUCAUUACAUAAUUUUGUCAUUGCAUAUUCAGAUCUCAGAUGUUUCCUUUGUUUGCUCGUGAUUUUUUCUCCCUACUUUAUUGUGCGUUUUCAGAUGAACAUGCAGGUUUUCUAAGACUAUAAAUUCAAGCCUAGUCUUCAUAUCAUCUUUAGGUGCAUCCUUUUUAUCCAUAGUACAAGUGAAUCUGUAAAAUGAUUUGCAGCGGAGUCCAUAAACAGAUGAAUUAAUUUAUUAACAUAUUCAUUUUCAAGCAGAAAAUCUGAAACGGUUCAGUGUCCCGCCUCUUAAAUAUAGUAAUUUAUUGCUCUUAUAUGUGUGUUGUAGUAACUGAAUAUCUGUUAGUUUAUUUGGCUGGCAUGUGGACAUCACAAGCAUAACAAUGAAGAUAGCAACGGGACAUUUUUUGUUUGCUUAUUAGUGCAGAUGUCAAAUAAUAAGGGAGAAAGAGCCUUUGUCCCUCUCGGGAACUGUCUGAGACCCAGCACCCAGUAACCUCUCUGCCAGUUUUGAAACUAGCUUCAAUCUUUAAGAAUCAAGUGUACAUCUUGUUCCAGUUCACUGAGGGUGGGCUCAUCUGUCUGCAUGGUCUCACCUCCUAGUACAAACGUCACAGCAGAAGAAGAGACGUCCCCCUCACCCCACCAGACCCUCAGCCGGCCUACUAUAGUACUAUUAUAGUUCAAGCAAAGGCUAAUUGUUGCUCCCUCACAAAGAGUGCACAGUUCAAAUCUCUGGACGGUGAUUCUUUCUUUUUCUACUAGGGGAAGAUGGCUGUGCUUGUUGUUUGUGCUCUCCUGUGCCUAUCCUGCUGGGUGUCUUUCUACUUUGUCCUGUGUAACGUUAACGGAUCCAGGAGCUACGAAUGGAACUGUCGACUCGUCACGCUGGUGCACGGGAUCCUGGCAGUCUGCAUCACAGCGUACAUAGGCUAUGUAGAUGGACCUUGGCCUUUUACUUAUCCAGGUACAAAGAACACCCCUCUGCAGAUAAGUGCCAUGGUCCUGAGUCUGGGCUAUUUUAUUUUUGACAUGGCCUGGUGUGUGUACUUCCGUACAGAGGGACCAGUUAUGCUGGCCCACCACACCAUGAGCAUCCUGGGAAUCCUGUUGACCCUUUGGUUGGGGGAGUCUGGCAUCGAGUCGUGCGCGGUGCUCUUUGGCAGUGAAAUCACCAACCCUCUCUUGCAGGCGCGCUGGUUCCUCAAGCAGACUGGACGUUACGGGACUCUGCUGGGGGACGUUGUGGACGUCCUGUUUGUGCUGCUGUUUGUGGUGAUGCGAAUCUUCGUGGGAGGCACAAUGCUGUACUGUGAGCUGAUCUCCCCCAGGCCGAGAUUCUUUAUCAAGUGUGGCGGAGUGGCCAUGUACGCCCUUUCCUGGGUCUUUAUGGUAGACAUUGUUCGAUUUGCCAUCCGGAAGAGCAAAAGCUGGCACAAACACCAGAGAGACCGCCAAGAGCUUUUAGCAGCUAAUGGUCAUGAAGGGAAGAAGGAGUGAUCGGCAUCAGAAGGGAAUCCAUUUAUGUCAUUUCUCUGCUCUUCGCUUUGGACACUUGAUGGAAAGUACAUGGAAAGCAACUUUCUCCAUGUUGAAGUGUGAUUUUAGAAAAAGGGAUUUUUAAAUUAAAAAAAUGCUAAGGCUUCUUUUUGUAAGGUUUGUGGAUUUUGGAGCUGAACAUGCAUAUAGGGUGCAAACAGCACUGACGCAGUUUAUAUCACUGAAAACCAAAGCAUGUUGUAUAAACACACAAAGAAAACCUGUGGGAAGAACAGUUGCCGUUAACUGUGACCUAGUCAUGUGUGGCAGUGUGGCUCCAAAAGGAAGUUCCCUACUAGAAAAGAAAAAGUUUACAUGUAAUGUUGUAGUCCUUGUGAAACACUUUUAGUGAUGUCAACAGACUAGGAUUGGUACUCAGGGAAAUUAAGUAAUAUCAGAAAGAUUGACGUGUGUUUGAUGUGUUUAAUCAAAUUUCUAUUUAUUUUGCAUCCCUCCUUUAAAGCUCUAUGUUACAGUUUUAUUGAGUCUAUUAAAUUCUAAAUGUGUUCUUUUUAGUGUAUUGUAAACUAUAAAUACAUUCUCAUGUUUUCUGAAAUGGUAACCCUUGUCAACUUUAUUGUACCAGAUGUGUGAGGGUGGUCGCGCGUGAGUAAUCAUUUAGACAAGAUCUGUGCUCUGCACUGAUAGCUCCCAGCUAAUUUAAUUUAAUAAGCUGUUUGUUGAAUGUUUCAGUCUCACAGAGAUCUUGUCAGAAAUUGUCCAAGCUUUGAUUAAAUUCAUUCUGAGCUAUCUGUACAUUGUGCAAGUCUUUCAAAAGGUCUUUUUUUUUUAAAAUAAACCAUUUUGAAAUAAACAUGUUAUACAAUGUUUGCCUUAAUAAAAAAUGUGCUACUGGGAUGAAGACAGGAAGUUUUUAUAUUAAGGGACUAUAAUGACUGAGCCCAGAUUUUUAUGUGCAUUCUUGUCUUAAUUGUGAGAAUAUGUUUUUGCCGCAAUAGGUUAAAAACAUGCCAUCUGUUUGUUUCCUAUGUCUGUUCACCUGACUGGCACUGAGAGAAGUCUCUGUGUGCAUCACCAAUACAUACAAGAAAGUACAAACCUAACUAGUGUGUGCCUUAGUUAUCUGAAUGUACCUUCCUAAUGUGUUUUUAUCCUUUCUCAUGUACUGUAAACUCAUUCAACACAGGAGGCGGCGUCACAAGAGCCAUUUUGGGUCGGGGUUUCAUCGUUCACCUUUGUAAUCCCUGUGUAAAGUGAAAUAAAAUAAA